CGCCCCUCCUCCUCUUCUGCGCCUGCGUCAAUAGUGUUUUUUUUUUUUUGGCAACUCGCUUUCUUUCACUUUCGUGGAUUUGCAACUGAAACGGAUCAGAAGGUAGCACAAUGGAUGGCCCUUACUCGACAGAAAAACUUCCAGAAGAUCUUAUUGACAAAAUCAAGGAUACGUUUGCCUCUGAAAGCCCUGGAGAAAUUCCCAAAAAGCUUAUCAAUCUUUUGGAAGUGUAUGACCGCUAUAAGAUAGAUAUCGCUGUGACCGGAGAGUCUGGAGCAGGAAAAUCGUCGCUCAUCAAUGCAUUUCAAGGAGUGCGUCCUGAUGAUGAUAGCGCGGCUCCAACUGGAGUUGUAGAAACCACAAUGCAAGCAACUCUGUAUCUGCUUCCCAACUUACCACAUGUCAGAAUGUGGGAUCUUCCAGGCAUGGGCACUCCUACAUUUACAUCAAAGAGUUACACAAAGACAAUGAACCUUCACUUAUAUGACAUGUUCAUGGUGGUGAUGUCUGAGCGAGUCAGAGAAAACAACAUGAUCUUGAUUGAUGCCAUUAUUGAACAAAAGAAGCCAUUUUAUGCAAUCAGAUCAAAAAUUGAUAAUGAAAUGCGGUCCCAGAGAAGGAAACGUGGCUUCUCUGAAGAAAGUGCAUUGAAUCAAAUGAAAGAAGACGGUGAAAAAUAUCUGAAAGAGAAGAAUGUGGACAAUCCCGUGUUCUUAAUUUCAGCCCAUGAACCGCUUAAUUAUGAGAUGCCGAAGCUCCUAGAUACUUUUAGGAAUGAGCUUCCUCAGGUUAGGGCAGAGCUAUUUUCUAAUUUUCUAGAAAAGAUUCUUCAUGGAGGAUGGUUAACAGCAAGGUAUGCUACACAGGAGGUCCGAAAGACUGAAAAAAUACCAGCUGAGGACAUCACAAAGUUACACAAUAUGCACAAAGAGACAGGUUUUGGAGCUGUGAAAGUCAAAGCUAUACUGGAGGCCCUGAAUCACUUUCGCACUGAUGUGGCAGUUUUGGGUGAGGCGGGGUCUGGAGCAUCUUCUCUGGUAAAUGCCUUAACUGGGCUGAAGAAGGAUGUGUAUGGUGCAGCCAUGAGUUCUGGAUACCCUGGUGUCCGCUUCUGGGGCAUGUCUGGCAUAGAAGGAAUCAUGGAUUACUCUAUGUAUGAGAUGAAACAAGUUCUGCGCGGUUAUGACUUCUGCAUCAUCAUCGUAUCUGACUUGGAGAGCGCACGGCAUAUACAACUAGCCAAUGCUAUCAUUGACUUAAAGAGGCAUUUCUUCUUGGUCCAGACCAAAGUAGAUUGUUAUCUACAGGCUCAAGGUGAUUUUGGCUGUGAUAACACCGAAAUACUCGAUGAACUCCGGGCAAAAUAUAUCAGAGAACUUCAGAGGGCAAGAAUACCUGAACUUCAAAUUUUUCUCAUCAACAGCCUAGACAAAAGUAAAUUGGACUUUGCUGUUUUGGAGAGUGCACUGACCAUGGAACUCAACACGACCAGAAAUAUUGCUUUUGCACAUUAUGUAGCAAAAGUACUGAGACAAUGAAAAUAAAAAACAUCCUUAAGUGA